AUGCGGACAGCUCAGUCGAAUACCCCAGGAAAAUUGGGACGUGUAAAAUCCGGAACUUCGCUGAGUGGUGUACGCUAUCGUUAUAAGCCUGGCGAAGAAGUUGAAGGCGUGAACACAUACAAAGUUCUUCAUGUUUUGAGAAAAAGCAACAAAUACGGUCGUGUCGAUGUCUACACGGUGAAAGAGCCCGAGCAGGAGGAUGAGUGCCGAUUAAAAAUUGGAAAUCUGGAAUUGGGAAAACUGAAACUCGAAGCUUCAAUCCUGAAACAUUCGCUCAAAUUCCCUGGCGAGAGAUGUUUUCCAGAUCUGUACGAAUAUGGAACAAUUCCGAAACACAAACUCGAAUUUGUGGUCAUUUCACAACUUGGAACAAAUCUUGAGGAAAUUAUGAGAAAAGUCGUAAAAGGCUUAUUUUCGUUGGAAUGUGUAAUGAAUAUCGCAAUUUCGACAUUAAAAGGUAUUCAAGAUCUUCAUAAACUUGGAUAUGUCCAUCGAAAUAUUCGCCCGGCCGCAUUUUAUGUUGGAAUGAAGGAUCGCGAUUCGAAUAUUUAUAUACAAGAUUUUCGAGCCGCGCGAAAGAUUUUUGACAAAGAGCGAAGACAUUUGCCUGCUCGAUCGAAGGUGAAAUGGCACGGAACAAAGAGAUAUGCCUCAAGAGCAUCGCUGAAUGAAAAAGAUCAGGGAAGAAGAGACGAUCUGGAAAGCUGGAUCUAUAUGAUUUUUGCAAUUCUUGAUUCCGAAUCGAUUACGUGGAAAAAAGAAAGUGAUUUGAAAAGAAAUGCGGCCGAUAAGGAUGUUUUUAUGAGAAACAGCAUUCCCACCCAAUAUGCGAAAAUGCCGGAAGAUAUGAAGCAGGCUGUGAGCUACGUGAAUGAUUUGCUCUAUGACACAGAACCCGAAUAUACCAAACUCGUUGGCAUCAUAAUGGACAUUCGGCAAAAAUUGCAGAAAGCGGAAACUGCUCAAAGAUCUCAAAGAAAGAAGAAACCAACUAGAAAGAAGUUGAUUACUGGCGAUGUUAUCCGAAGCGAAGGAAAACCUGGAUGGAAAGUAAUCAACUUGCUAGGAUCUGGCGGAUUUGGAGAUGUAUACAAAGUUUAUCGAGAAGGUGGUUCUCCUGAUAAGUGCUAUGCGUUGAAAACUGAAAGCGAAGACGGCGAUAGAAGAUUGUUGAGAUUAAAAGUUGAAGUAAACGUUAUGAUGAAAACGGCGGAAAAAAUCAAAAGUUUCGAACACUUCAUCGAGUUCGUCGACCGCGGAAAAUGCGAGGCUCUCAAAUGCAAAUUUGUUGUGAUGGGUCUUGUUGGACCGUCGAUCGAUGAUAUCCGCAAAAAAUAUCUGCUCUCUUCAUUCUCCAAAAAUACAUGUUUCAAUAUUGCAAUUCAAACGGUCCAAGCGGUCGCUGAUCUCCACAGUAUUGGUUAUUUGCACAGAGAUAUUAAGCCUGCAAACUAUGCGGUCGGGCUCAAUGAAUUUGAAUCCGUUAUUUAUAUGCUCGAUUUUGGUAUAGCUAAAUCAUUUCUUGAUGCUGAUGGAAAUCAUAAGGCUCCAAGAAAGAAGGUCAAGUUUUUGGGAACAAUGCGGUUCGCUUCACGAGCAUGUAUGCGUCAAAUCGAUCAGGGCAGAAAAGAUGAUCUUGAGUGUUGGAUUUACAUGUUUUUUGAUCUCAUGGAUGAACAUUUUGGAAUUCCUUGGAGAAGACUAAUGGAGCCAAAAGCCAUUUUAAAAAUGAAGGAGAAAUUCUUUAUUGGCGAAUUUCCUGAAGUAUUUAAGAGAGUUCCAAAAUCAAUGAGUAAUAUAUUGCAAUAUGUAAAUGGGCUUGAAUACGAAAGCACACCGGACUAUGAGUACAUUCUGACAUUCUUGAAGACGUGCGCCAAGGAUAACGGAAUAAAGCCUGACAAGAAACUUGAUUGGAUUGGAAAACUCAAAAAGAAGGCGUUUGAUACCGAUUCGGAGAAAUCUGACAAGAAUCAGAAGCAAUCUGGAGAGGACGAAUAA